AAAAAAGAAAAUAGCAAAUAACCGAAAGAAUAAGGAAAAGUAAAUGGCCGACAUGUGAAGAAGAUGAAGAAGAAGCAGCUUUGAGGAAAAAAUGGCGGAGCUAGGGUUUCAGGACCAAAGCUCAGCGAGAUCAAAUUACAUUGCUCGAGAUUCGAGCCCCGACUCUGUUAUAUUCACUCGGGAGUCCCACUUCAGCGUCUUCUCUUCGGCUUCCGAUAGCGUCGAUCGCUCCUCUUUUGCUUCCGACGCAGCUCGCGACCACUAUUCUCUCGUUUCCGAACUCUCUUUACAUUUGGCCGGGCGUGAAGGAGGAGAUCAGAAUGAGAGUUCGAGGGGAACAGUUCCAGCUAUGAAGGUCCAUAAGCCCAGUCGUUUCUCCAGAAAAGGAGAAAAGUUGAAAGUUCAACAAGCAGAGAACGAUGCUGGUCCUCCAGAGGACGAUAACCAACUCAUAGAUUCAGCAAGAAAUUCGUUUUCUGUUGCUCUUAAAGAGUGUCAGGAUAGAAGGACCAGAUCUGAAGCUUUGUUGAAGAAUCAUCAUAAGCGAAGACAGCCUUCUUUAGAUUUAAAUAAUGUUUCCGUUUCGUCUCCGCGGUUGGAGGCUGUGAAGAAAAACUCGGUCGCAACACGAAAAUCAGGUUCAUUUCCUAGUCCUGGGGCUCCCAAUUAUCAUCAUCAUUUGAGUGCUGGAAUGCAGAAGGGUUGGAGUUCUGAGCACGUGUCAUUACAUAAUAAUGGUGGAAGGAGGCAGGGGAAUGCGGCCGCAGCACUGCCCUUUAACAAUGGAAGGACUUUGCCUUCAAAGUGGGAAGAUGCUGAGAGGUGGAUUUUUAGUCCUGUUUCUGGAGAUUGUGGUGUGAAACAAUCCAUUGCUCCUCCACUAAGAAGACCAAUAUCAAAGAGUGGUCCACUUGGUCGUCCUGGCAUUGCUUACUAUUCAUUGUACUCGCCUGAGAUGCACAUGCUUGAUGGGGGACAUAUUGGCAAUUUCAUGGCAGGUUCUCCUUUUUCAGCUGGUGUAGUUGCAGCUGAUGGUUUGUCAAUUCAUUCUCGUAAUCAUGGGGGAGGAUUUGCCGUUCGGACUGAGCCUUGCAUGGCCCGUUCUGUUAGCGUGCAUGGAUGCUCUGAAGUAGUCAAGACAUCAUCCUUGUCUUCUCAAGAUGCCGAUGAAAAUCUUGAUGCAGUCAAGGACGCGGCCACUGAUAUUUCUCGUACUGUUUCAAGAAGAGAUAUGGCAACCCAGAUGAGCCCACAGGGUAGCACUCACUCGUCUCCCAAAGAAUCGCCUUCCGUCUCUCCCUCCAACUCUUCUUCUCUACCUAUCAUACUGCAGAGCAUCCAUUCCUCUAAACCAGAAGUGAGAGAUGUGCAGGUAGAUGAAAGAGUCACCAUGGCUCGGUGGUCAAAGAAGCAAAGAGCUCGAAAGACUGCGAAGAGUUCUGAAAUUGUUGAUGACUGGAGAAAGAGAGCUGUUGACAGUCGCACAUCAAUCUGGGAUAUGACAGAGACAGCAAAGAACAUUUCCAAGGUCAAAAGAGAAGAAGCCAAAAUCACUUCAUGGGAAAAUCUGCAGAAGGCAAAAGCUGAUGCGGCCAUAAGGAAACUAGAGAUGAAGCUGGAAAAGAAGAGAAGGUCAUCACUAGAUAAGAUAAUGAAUAAGCUGAGAUCAGCUCAGAAGAGAGCCGAAGAAAUGAGAAACUUGAUGUUAGCCAACCAGGCUCAUCAAGUAACAAAGGCCCCGCAUAAGGCUAUAUCAUUGCGCAGAACUCGCCAGAAGGGUUCAUUGAGUGGUUGCUUCACCUGCCAUGCAUUCUAAUGCCUCACUUAGCUAUCAUUUACUGGUUCAAUCAGUCCUGAAACGACAGUGUGAGGAUCAAAGGCCAAUGGGGAAGAUGAAUAUUGUACAGGAAGCAACUUUUAUAUUGAUUUCUAGUUAGGUGUCAACGCAGUUUUGCUUGAAUGAAGCACCAUUACCUCCAAUCCUUGAAGCUCAUAAUCCUGGAACUUCAACCUGAAUGUUUGACUAAUAAAAUCCUUUACUGCUUGUAUGUAUUUAUGCAUGUAAAUCAACUUUUCAUGUCCUUUUUUCAUUAUGACAGUUUGCCAUCGAAAUUGAAAUAUCAUUCA